AUGAAUGAACUGAAUUCAGCUGGAGUGAAGGGCCAGCACUCGGAGGAGAAUUGUGAUGGGCUGUGGUCCAGCUUCCAGAACUUAGUGUCCUCAACGCUGAAUGACGAAGACUUCAUUGGGUACCGAAAGCAGCUGGAAACCCUGAAAAGGUGUUCCUAUUACAUCAAGAUCUCCUACAGAGACCCACUUCCAUGGAACGAGAGUCCCACCUUCUCCAUCCAGGAUCUGAUCGGCCGUGGAAAGUUCCAGCAGCUGAAGAAAUUUGGCAGCAGCCAGGUGAAGAUCCAGCUGUGGCUGCUGGAGGAGCUCUUAGAGCUCUUAGAGCGAGAGAAGGAUGAGGCCAUGGUCAUGUUGGACAUUAACAACGAGGCUUUUUUCACUCAGGAGCCUGAUGCCAUUCAAAAGAAGCUGAACACAGCCUUGUUGGACUUCAACUUCAGCCUUCCUGGGCCUCUGCACUUCACGCACCGGAUCAUGAUAGAGUCAACCAGGACCAUGGAUCUGCACAUCCAGCUGGACCUUGUUAGCGAAAUGCCCGUAAAUUUUGACCGGACUGCCUCAGUGGCGUUAACAAAGAGCGUCCGCCUUUACUGGCGCGUGGCGGGCCCUGAGCAGGGUGAGGCUGGCCUGGAUUAUGAGAUCCGCUACAAGCUCUGCGCAGACGAAGUGCUGGACACUCUGGCAUGUGAAGAUCAGCAACAGCCAGGGGAGGAACCGGGAGUGUCCACCAGGGAAGUUUCCGGAGGACCUACCAUUUCAGAAGACACACAGCAUCUGGUUAUUAUCACUUGCUCCAAUAGCAUUAAGAUCAACAGCUUGAUUCCAGACAGGAGCUAUGAGUUUACUGUCAAAAGAGCCAGCUCCACCUGCUGGGUAUAUGGCUCAUGGAGCGAUACCAUUGUCCUCAAGACUUUACCUUGUCCUGUAGGGUCUACCAACCAUAAGAACAAGAGGUGGGUUUACAACUUUUAA